UUUCCUGUUAUUUUACCCGCUCGCAAAUGGAUCCGCAAAAGGUUUACAUGCCCUAUCCUUGGUUGGCAAUUGUGUCUCUCGAUUGACAAAGAAGCUUGCAGCAGUUUUAUCUGCUUUGCAAACUAUCUGAUCGUGCCCAAUGUUUCCUCAAUCGUUUAGAAUGUUAGAUACUCUUCCCUUUUCUCUUCUUUCAACCUCUUUUUUUUCUUCUCACAUCCGAUGGAUUCUUGGCGUUCCAAAGUCCUGAUUUUUUUCUUCUUUCUGGCAGUCUAAUUUGACUCGACCUUUUUUUUCGUCCUUUUUUGCUUUUUUGCCCUUUUUGCAUUCCCUUUCCUUGCACGUUAUAGCAUUCAACAAGAACCAGUGAGUUCAGCCAGUGUCGAAAUUGAUACGAUGAUCGACAUGUUGGACAAUCAACGAAAAUUAUCAAAAGAAACGCAAAGACCGACAUCACCAGCAAGCAGCUAUAUGAGAAAUCAAAAGCCCAAUUCGAUCAGAAAAGAAAACAAGACAACCGAUUGGGAUCCUGCUGCAAAACAAAAUCUUCAAAUGGAAACUGAAAGAAAAUUACCUUAUGGACGUCAUCGUCAAAUUCAACAUCCUGCACCGUUGCAACUUGAUGAUUUAGGACAUUCACGGUCAAAAAGUUUACCACAAGUUGAAAAGGAUGAGUCUGCUUCAAGCGAGCAAUUUAACGUCGAAACAAUUGCAAAUGUACAGGAACAUCAACAAGAAAUUGUUCCAAAGCCAAUUUCACGUUCAUUGCCGCCUUCGCCACCUUCUAAACCGGGUUACAAUAACAACACAAUUCAACAGUUAUUGCAACCUGCUCAAGAGCCUGACCGAUCUUCCAUUUCUUCGACUUUUGGUUUGGCUGAUUUGCCUGCUCCUCCUCCACCUUCUCAUUCACCCGAACAUGACGAUCGUAUUCGUGGUCUACUUGAAAAGCAGAAAGAGAGAGUAAGAGCGGGUUUGCAUGCACCACACACUCAAUUUGCUUCAUUCACUGCGCCUCCAACACCAAUCUCAAAAGAUUUGUCAGAAGAAGAAGAGCGAAUACACAGUGAAACGGAAAUUGUGCAAAGACAAACGGCAAGCAGCGUAGAGUCCUAUCCUACCAUUUCACCGUCAAGUAUGUUAAAUGGUGUUGCAACUGCACCUCCGGUUGAAGCGCAUCAAAAGCGUGAAAAACGAAAAAGUUCAAUCUUUGCCAAUCGAAGACCGCACUCUUCUUGUGGAUUCCCGAAAGAAAUUGAAUCGAUUGAUCAAGUUUCUCAGCGAAGCGGCAGAAGAAAAAGGGCGGAUAGUGCAGCUACUUCAUCUCGGUACUCUUCCAACUCUGCUUCUAUCACAGGUGAGAUGUCAGCAUCUUCAUCGCCAAACCAUUCAGUAGGUUUACAAAAAGAAAAGACUUGGUUGAAAAGACAAAUGGAAAAGGUAAAAAACAGAUCUCCAAGCUCAAACGGAUUUGGUGUCAACGGAAUUCAAGAAGAACCAGAACUUCAACAAAGUACAACAAAUGGAAAGAAAAGUUUGAGACCGGAAAGUUUGGUGGAAGAUCAAAUCGUAUUCUCUGCAAUGGCAAUGAGCGACGCCAAUUCGUUUUCGCCGCAUUCCAGAUUACAAAGUGCAAACAGCGAACCAAGUGGAUAUCAAUCAAGAAUUUAUCGAAGUUCUCAAUCGGAUAGUGAAAGUAAAGAGCUUUCGUCUAAGUUGAAAAAGUUGUUCAACAAUUCUUCAGAUGGGACCAAAAAGAGUCGUUUCAAGUCCAAAAGGAAUUCUGAUGCAACCCUUGCUGUUGAACAGGGUCAACCGGCACGUAGAAGAAGCAGGAGUUUGGGCUCAGCGUAUGGAAUCAAUGCAAUUCCAACAAAUGCAGAUGCACACAAAGGAGUUGAAGGAAAUGAGUUUGAUUUUGAUUCAACGACUGACUCAACAUUCUGCAAAAGUGUUUUACAAGACGACAGUACGGGUCUAGCUGCUCACGGUCAUAAAGGAAAAAAGAGGGAAGUCAAUAACAGAAGAAAGAGUAAAAAUAUGGCGUCAUCAGGGGAUUAUGAAGGAGACAGGAAUUCAAAGCGAUUCGUCGAUCAAAAUGCAUUAUUGGGUCUUUAUACAGGAAAGGAUAUCAAACAAGCCGAAAAGAUGGCCGCUACACUUGCAGCUUAUGCUUCAGAACCAAAUUUGAGUCCUAGCAAAAAGAUGAAUCAAUUCCUUGACCCACAUGAAGAACCACCUUCAGCCAUUUCUUCGCGUAUUGCAAUAUCUCCUCAAACCAGUAAAUCAUCCGAUAGCAAUCAAGGAUUCCAUUUACCUUCAUGGUCAAAAUGGCGUAAAGAUCAUUUACGUCAAAGACAAUCGGAUAUGAUUGCAGAAAAGUUGGUGGCAGAAGCGGAAUCGGAAAUUCGACGUGAAGAAGGUGGUGAAAGUAGUGGAUCGAAUAAUUAUCCUGGCUUGAUGAAACAUCAACAAGAGUUUAGUGCUUCUGCUGAAUCAACUUCUUGGACUUUUCGUCAUGAUUCAAAAGAAUAUUUUGGCAAAUUACGUAAACAAGUGAACGAAAGAGUGAAAAGGAAACCAUCUUUUGGAGAUUCAAUCAGACCAUUUCCAUCACUCUCAAAAACAGCUUUGGAGGAAAAAGAAGAAUCGGAUCGUAAACAAAAACAACAAGCUUUAUUUUAUAGUUUGGAUGUUGGAAUUGCUAAGCAAGAUAUACCUUCAAGCGUUGAUAGUAUCGAAGAAAUUGAUUCUCAAAACGAUCACAAUUCCAAUCCUGCUGGACCUAGCCAAACUAUCAAUGCGCAAACAUCUUCGUUGAAUCGUCAUUCUUUACCGCCUAUUCCGCCUUCUCAUUCCCCUCCAAGUCAACAAUCACUUGGACAUCUUCAAGAACCUCGCUCAGCUCUUGCUGAUCAAAACGGUCCUUCUCCUUUCAGAAAUUUGUUGCUUAAUCGAAUUCGCAAUGAAUCUACCGAACACUUGCAUCAGAACUUCAAAGCCGGGAAUGCCGAGACACAAGAGCAAGGACAGAGACACGGCUAAAGAAAAUUAUAACAAAGAUGUACAUGUACAGAUGAAACAUUCGUUCAGCUUAUUCCUGUACAUAGCAAAGAAUAACUAUCCAAGAUACAUUUUAUG